UAUGAUAUAAACAAUUAAACAGGGUCCAAACGGGCCUCUUGGUUCUUAUUUUGUGACGACUGUAACAUUGUAGGGUCGAAAUGUGGAAAUAAUACUUUUUAAAAUGCCUGAAAAACUCUUUUUAGCGUGCCGCAAGACCCAAAAUUACUUAAAAAAUGGUAUGUUAUUGUGAAAAGAGACGAUAAAAUUCCACCUUAUACCCAGGCUAGAAGACAUUGUUGCGAAGAUCAUUUCGACUUCGCCGAAAUGAGUGAAGCAGAGAGUCAGAUAGAAGAAACCGGUGUGAAAAGCGAACAAAAAUUUGAGUGCCGCACUUGUUUACAAAUCCUUAAUGAACACUGUGUUUUAUACAAUAUAUUCGAGGGUUGGACGCCGCCUUGGGAUGGAAUGGAAAAUAGUAUAGCUGAGGACUUAGCAAAAAUAGCAAAUGUACAGAUAUCAGAAUCGGAUAAACAUUCCAAAAUAAUAUGCGAAACAUGCUGUCAGCUCUUGUUAAAUGCAUGCAAUUUCACAGCGACAGUUAAGAGAAAUGAUGAAAUACUCCGACAGAGGUACAGAGAGGAUAAAACAAAGCUUAAUUUAUCUAAAGAUAGAGUAUGGCCAAAGCCGAUCCAAGUGAAUCAGUCAUUAGUUACUUCUAUGUAUGAUAAUAUCGAUAUUAAGAAAGAAAUUGUGUCAGAUGACGAGCAGUAUAGUUCUGCAAAUGGGUCAUACGAUCCGUCUCGAGAUUACUUACCAAACUUAGAUAUUAUUAAAGUUGAAUCUGAGGAAAUCAUUCAGCAACAGCCUUCACAACUACAUGUAACUGUUUAUGAUCGUGAGUUAAAUAAACCGGUCAACAAGGAAAAAACCAAGGAUAGUGCGAAAAUAUCCGACGAUGAAUUAAUUUUACGCCGUAAGAGACAAAACGCUGAGAGAGUUCGUGCUUAUAGGGAAAGGAAAAAGGGUCUCGUGAUUCUCGGCCAAAAUAUAAAGAAGAGACUGUGGCAACACAGGCUGGUAUGUCGCAUGGGAUAUUUGGUGGCGGUUACGACUUAUUCUAUUAGAGAAAAACAAUUUUAAAAAUUUGAGAGAUUAUUUUAUAUAAAUUUUGCAUUUAUUAGUUAAUGCAAUUAAAUAUUAA